GGACAAGUUUGUAAGGCUCGCAAGGUCGCGCUCUCCUCUCAACCUCAUCAACAUCACCACGGCACUCAUCCCAAUCCACUCCUCUGCAUCUUUCUGUCCUUCAAUCACGGACAGACUAUACAUCGCCGCACGCAUUCAUCUUGCCCGGCUCCCAUCGCAGCACUGCCCAAGGCGAUUUUCAUCGGUCGUGACGGCACCGCGCUAUGACCGCAGUGCCUGAUCCGACCCGUCAGCGUCGAUCCGAAUCGGCUGACCGUCAGCUACAAAACAUGCUGGGCCAGCCAUUCAAUCCAUCAAUCAGCUUCAGCUCCAUCGCAUCAACAGUCUCACCAGUACUACCACUUCAGAGUCUAUCACUUGCAAUAUGAUCGGUGCUUCUUUCGUCAUGCUGGCCAUCGUUGCCUCUGCGUCCGCCGCGCCCCAGUUCUACGGCGCCUUCCUGCCGACGCAGAGCUACGGUGCCGGNUCUACCGGUCUCGGUGGCUACGGUGCGGGCUAUGGCUCGAGCUAUGGACUAGCAGAUGGAUACGGCGCUGGCAANGGUGCNCUCUACAACAACGCCUACAACAACCUCGGCUAUGGCCAGGCCAUCAACAACGCCGGCUACGGCAGCCUCAACCAGGGAAGCAACAUCUUUGGCGCCAACAAUGCCUACGGCAACGGCUUCGGCUCUGUCCAGGGUGGCCAAUCCAGCAACUCCGAUAUCGGCGGCUUCGCAAAGAACAGCGACAAGUCCAGCCAGANUAUCUCCACAUCUGACUCGCACAAUGCUGCUGGUGAUCUUCACCAAUCCCAAGGUAGCCAUGCGGACGGCAGCGCCAAGUUCGGCGGUGCCUCGGGCGGCUCGGCUUCGCAAGGUCAAGGCUCGCACGUUGCAGGCAAGGCCGGUCAGUCCUCGAGCGACAAGGGCCACCUCGACAGCAGCAAUGGCGCGAAUGCAGGCGGUCAUCUCGCAGGCGCNCAAGGUGGUGAGGCCGGUCAGACAGUCGCAAACGGUCUCGGUAGCUCCGCCGGCACUGGCAUCAACGGCGCAGCUGGUGUCUACUNAGCCGCUCGNAGCUCUUGCCUUUGCUGCUUGAUGGACAUUUGA